AUAGUGUAGAAGAUACUAUAACAAGUACUCUACAAACAUUGUCAACAAAAAUUUACAAAUUACACGAACUUUAUCUUACUAAUGAUGCCAAUUUUAUUGUGAACAAAGAGAAAAAAAUUAAUGAUUUUAGUAAAAAUGAUAUUUCUACAAUGCCUAUUAAUGACGACAUGGAAUUUUUAGGGACAGCAGAAAUUGAAGAAGUUCUAAAUGAUAUGAAGCAGGAAGAGAUACAAAUGAUCUUGGAUCAAGAACCUACGAUUGCCAAUCUUAUAACUAAUGCUGUAACAGAAACUAGUUUUACCUCAGUACCAUAUUAUAUUGCGCAAUCAAAUAUUUUUCCUGGUUACGCAUUUAGUACUUUCUUAUUUCUUAGCUAUCCUAAUAACAGUUUGGCAAAAAAUAUCUUUAAGAAUAGUAAAAAUCAAAUGCACAAUAAAUUGAUUCGAUCUAUAAAAGAAGAUUCAUGUACUUUGGCAUGUAAUAUUGAAGAAAAAUUGCAAAGAAAAUUAAAGAAAACAUAUUGUAAACUUAAAGAUAAAUUAAGUAAAGAAUAUAACAAGGAAAUAAAAGAGGCUAGAGCUACAAUUAAGGAACAUAUAAAGAAAACUUCUAAACACACUUCAAAAAAAGUUUGUACAUUACCGUGUGCAAACAAAAACAAACAAACAACUGAAAUAAAAUCUAUAUUAAAAACCAAAUUAAUGAAUAAAUAUUCACACAUAAACGGAACAAGGUUUAAAACUAAUUGUACAAAAUCUAUGAAAAAAUUAAUUGAAGGUAGUAAGUUUUCCACUCACUCAAUAUCCACUCGUAGAAUUCAGACGCCAGAAGAUGAGUUUUCAAUGAUUUCAACAUUUGAGAAAUUAUUAGAUAGAUCGAAUGGAAACAAUAUGAUGGAAAAUAUCAUAUUAACAACUCAAAGCAAUUUUGAAAAUACAGGUUUAAGAAAGUUUGCUAAACGAAAUCCCAAAUCUCACUUUAUUCCAGAAGAAAAUAAUACUGAAUAUUUUUACAAAGAUGGUGUGAAAAUACCUGACAGCGUGGAGUAUACAGAUUGUGAUAAUAAUGUAGAUAAUCUAACUGCUACUGACAAAAUUACUGAAAAAUACGAUCGAUCUCAAGUAACUGCAGAUGCAAAUUACCAAGCUCUUAGCAACAAGAUCUCUUUUAAUGAUUACGUUAAUGGAUAUAAGUAUUACUUGAAUUUUCAGAAAGACAAUGACGAUGAAAAAUAUUCCAAUCUUGUUCGAUAUCAAGCCCACAAACAUCACAAUGUAGAUGAUAUAGGAAAAUUUAUACUGACAAAAAUUCCACGAUUACCAAGUACAAGGAUUAAAAGAUAUUUUGUAGAGUCUGAAACUUUAGAAGAUCAAGAUGUUUCGACGAAAAGUGAAGAUUCUUGGUUCAAAAAACAUUUUUUUGCAUAUUUGGAUACAAAUCCCCCGCGGAAAUUCCACACGUCGCAGACUGUUUCCCUCAAAGCUCCAGACUUGCAGACGACUGAACGAACUACAACUAGAGCUAUAACUAUGUAUACACAUAAGAAAAUAACACUACCACAAGCUAAAAACAUAAUUCUAACACGACGUCAUAGACGAAAUAAUCUUCCAUCAAAUUCAAACUCUGAACAUCAUGUACAAGACAAUACACUACAGUUUUGUGAAACAUGUAGAAGAAAGAAAAAAUCUUAUAAUAAUGGGCAUAAUCCAAGAAAAAGCGAGUCACCUAUUAAUGAUGAAAUGAAGGAAAAGCAAAAAUUUUAUGAAAAGUUAUCCAAGCAUAAAAUUUGUAAAAAAAAGAUACCCAAUAAGAAAGAUUACAAAGAAAAAGUUAAAAAUCUGUCAAGCAUAAGUCACAGAAAAAAUGGUUUUGUUAAUAUUGAUUUAGUUCAUAGAUCAACCGGAAUCGUAAAAUUAAAUAAAAAUAACAAAGGAAAAAGUAAAAUACAAAAUCUUUUUAAGAAACUCCAUAUAAAUCGACAUCAACCCAGAAUAUUUGAAAAAGAUAAAAGUAAUCGUAAACAGCGACAUAUUUUUGAGAGCCUAAAAAAUAUUUUUCGUGAAAAACCAAAACAAGAAAUGAAAAAUGGACUUAAAUUUUUUGAUUAUAAAAUAGUGACAUCAAAAGAAAGACCAGAAGAAUAUAAUAAUUUAAAUUCCCUAAAUUUUUUAAAUGUUGAAGACAUAUGGAAACAAAUACCAACUAUUACUGGAGAUUUUACAUAUCCAUACUAUUUUUUACAUCCUGAAGUAUAUAAUAAUGAGAGGUUAUUUUAUAGUAGACAACCGAAGUUUGAUUUGAAAACUAAAAGUAUUUCUUUUUUAUCAGGAAAAAGCUUUCCACAUUUCGAGGAGAAUAGAGAUGAUGUUUUUGAUGUAAAUAUUAUAACAGAUUACACGAAUAAGCCUGAACCUGCAUUUACUGUACACAUGAAAGCUAUUAACAAUCCAACAUUAGUGAAUAUGUUAGCUAAUAAGAAAAAUGCAGUGGGUAACAUUAAUAUGAAACAGACAGCUGAAAAAGAUCAACCAAUUGAAGAUCAUUUAAAAAAGUCAAACAAAAAUAAAUUAUAUUCUAUAAAUAAACAAACGCAAGAAAAGAAUUAUGACUUGGAUAAAGACAUUGAAAAUAAGCAAUCUCAGUCAAUUUUUCAACCAGCACGUUAUUUUAAGAACUACAUGACCGAAAGAUAUGUAUCUGGUAAACCAAUUUUAAAAUCAACAAAAAAGGUAAAUCCUGGUAAUCAACAAAACAAAGAUGAAACGAAACAACGCAACAAAUCAGUUAUUGAGCAAUGGGUACCCAUAAAUAAAGUAACAAAAAUAAUAUGCCAUACAGUACCGUUUCCUUUUUCUGUGUCUAUGUCUACAAAAGGAAGAAAUCACACCUCAAAUAAAUUAUUUCAAUAUCAUAGUGGAAAAAUCAAUGAUGAUGAUUCUUAUACAUUAAAAAGGAGGCAAAACAAAGGUAUUUACAACACUAAAAUCUCUAAACCUUCGAUAAGUUCAAUAGCACGAGUGAAUGCGCUGCCUGAACAAUAUUUUACAACGUUUUUACCAAUGCAGAUAAAUGACUUUCAUAAGUUUUUGAAAGAAAAAGAAAUUGACGUUGAGUCUGUUACAACACCUCUAAUGAAUUCGUUGCCUAGAAGUCUUGAUUUGUGGAAUACUAAAAUAAUCAAUUCUAAAUCAAAAAUCAAAGAAAGUAUGGACAGCACGAAAAAAUAUAUUUCGCGGAAACCAACACGCAACUCUCAAAGCCUAGAUUUUUUACUUUCCCCUCAUCAAAAUCAAAAGAAUGAAUUGGAAUUUGGAGAAAGUGUCAACAUGAUUAAUCAUAAUCAAUUUGAGAACUCUCGAAACCAGAAAAGUAUAUACGAUAGAUUAAAAAGAAUUAAAAGUGUCACCGGGAAUUACGUGGGAAACAUUUUAAGAUCUCAAAAAUAUCUAAAUAAUAUUGAUCUGGACGACAAAAUGUUUGAUGAAGAUACCAAGACGUUUGUCACAGAAAAAAUAAAACAUCAAAACGAUUACUUUACUUUAAAUGAUAAAGUGUCUGAUAAAGAUUUACAAUUAUACUUAUCUAGGCCGAAUAAAAAUAGAGAUCCACUUAAAUUCUCUCAUAUGUCAACCAAAAGAUAUUUUCCAAAAUAUUUUAAUAAUAAUAUUACAAAAAAACCAGAAAGAGUCCAAAUAAGUGGUCAUAGUUAUAAAUAUGAUAUUAUUUAUCAUAAACCACUGUUACAUCUUAAGGAACAGAAUAGUGAUGACAAACAUUACGCUGAUAGUUUAAUAAGGAAUUUUGAUGAUGACGAUACCUAUUCAUCUGUCAUUGAAAAGCCAAAAGUCCAUAAUAUAAGAAAGACUUCAAGCCAUCAAAGCCAAAGAGGUACAAUGAAAUUACGCAAAGCACUAUUGUCAAAUGCUGCAAGUAAAAAGCAGGUAAAAAGAAGAAAAUGUAAAUUAUUUCAUACAAAGGCUUGCAAAGAAGAUAUUCAAAAUAAGGUAAUAAUUAAGAACAUUAAAAACAGGAACAUUUCUAGUAUAAUUCAUGAGAAGACAAAACAAUUAUUGCCAGAUAUUAAAAAUUAUGAUGACCCAAAAGUCUAUUUUGAGUCCAAGCCUCUACAUAAAUCUAUGAAGCAAAAAAAUGCAGUGUCCGAUAGAAUAAUAUCCAAGCAUGAAAAACGUAGCGCACAAAUAGAAACAUUUACAGCUACGGAUGUUGCUGCCAUAGAAGUUGUGGUAGAUUUAAUGAAAAACACUCCAACCUAUGACGGCAAAGACGGUAGCAUAAAAACAUAUUUUGAUAACUCCGAUCAACCUGCACAUCAUCCGGUAUCAAUGUCUCCUAAAGAAGGACAUGUUUCAAAUUCGAUACAAGUUCAUAUUGCUAUUCCUCAUAAUACUGAUGACAAGAAACGGUCGUUAGAACCAGUUAGAUUAAGAAAAGUUUUCUCUGCUGUUAUGUCUACUCCAGUUGAUUUAGAAUAUCAAAUACAUUCACUAGAGGAAACUACCACAGCGCAAACAUCCAUUGUACGAGAUAUUUUGACUCCAGGCCUGUAUUUAUUAGUUGAAAAUACUAAUAUAUCCUGUCCUGAAGGAAACUUUCUACUAAAACCAAUCAGAACGUCUUUAAAACCAUCCAAGUUGGCAAUUAGAUAUGUGACUAGUGUCACUGAAAAAAAGAAUAGCAGCCCAUCAUCCGUCAAUAUAGAAAGAGUAUCAUUUGAUAAAGAUUUCAUAGAUGCUGUAUAUAAAGCAAUACAAAUUAAUGGAAACAAUUCAUUCAACAAUACUUAUAGUAAAACAAGGCGUAGUUUACCUACAGAGGUAGAAAAAGAAAAUACAGGAAUUCGUAGUUUAGUUCUAGAAAAGAAAAGAAAUAUUAACUGGAACUUAAUUAAAAAAUAUUUUGGCCAUGAUAAAGUAUGCCACUGUCGGUGUAAAGCAAAUCAAACGAUGUGUCGAGAGUGUGUCGCAUGCAAUGCUAUCAUAACUGAAUUAAUGUUUGAAUUGGAAAACUUAGCUGAGUAUAUGAAACAGCAUUGUACAGAGAUACAGACUUUUUUCUGGGUAAAUCCAUCAGGGGGAAGAAAAUUACGUGAUCUCAUACAUCGUAUCGACAAAACUUUAAACGAUUAUUACAGAAGGGUCAAAGGAAAAUGUCAAGGUCGUACUUGUCAAAUGAUUUCAUCUAGUAUUGAUAAACGAAGUUUGAAUCGUUUGUGUGAUAAUAAUUUAUUUAAUAGAUUGAGCGAACUAGCCGAUAAUUUAGAAAAUGUAUCAAAGUAUAAAAUAUUCAAUGAAGAAAUUUUAAUGUCAGGCACCAAGUUGUUAAAUGUGGCUAAACGUUGUAUGCUAACACGCUUACAUAAAAGAUCAGGCAGAAAUACAAUUACGAAACCACCACUUGAUACAACCAUAUUGUAUUCACUUAGCAAUAUCAAAGUAAAUUUAAUAUGCAAUAAAGAUUUUACAAAACCUAUAUUUGGAGCUGGAAAUACUAUUUCCAGUGGUUGUGAAAACAAUACUAAUUCAGAAUUAUACUUUGGUGACGGAGAAAUGAAAAAGAUGAAGGAAUACAGAAAAGGCAUAAAAGCCUUUUUAAAAAAUUGCUUUAUAAAAAAGAAAAGUCGAAAGAAGAUUCAAGGUGCGAAAAAUAGAGUCAUUAGAAACUGGACAGCAAAAGAUCAAUUUGCUAAACCUUUACUACUAAUUAAUCAAAAACCUAUAGAAUCUAAUGUUGGCAAAGUGACUAAACAUGGUAGAAAAUCUCUCGAUACUUUAGAAAAUCCAAAUUUUAUAUCAAAUAAAACACAUAAAGAGGAAAACAUAACAAUAUCGGAAAACGACGAAGUUGAACAAUAUACAAAUGACUACAAAUAUAAAAAUAACAAUGAAAUAAAUGGUUAUAUGGUAGAUACAGACUCUUUUAGUUACAAUAUGAAUGAACUUUUUAGGUUACUCAAUAAUGUAGAUGCGCUUGAAGCUUACACUACAAAAAGUAUUUUUUAUUUAAAUGAGAAUGUCACAAAAAAAGCAUCGCUUGGUAGUGAAAUUGGAACUAAAACAGCAUAUACUUGGAGUAAAUUGAAAACUGAAAAUAAACCAAAGCAGAAUUUGAAAGUUUCAAGUAAUAUUUCAUCUAAAUCUACUUUAGUAACAAAAAGGGGCAAACACAGAAACAAUGGAUCCAGAACAAAAUGUUUAAAUAAAGCUACGAAAUUAAAUUUUCUUAAUCGACUCAAAUUACUAGAGUUUCUUCUUAAAAAAGAUCAAGUAAAGAAUAAGACGAAUUCUCCAUUUACAACUCCAUCUGAAAAUCGCCGUUUACAAAGUCACAUAUCUAAAUAUACAAAGCAUCAAUCACAAACGGAAAAGAAAAAAAUUACAACUUCACCUUUAUUAAUUAAUAUGGAUGAUGAUAACAAUACAUUUUCUAAUGAGCUAACAACGACAAGAAGAUCAUUUAAAAAACUCCAUAGUAAAAAUGCAUCUUUUUUGUCAAUUCCAAUGUCUAUACCAAAUUUGAUUCAAGACAAAAAAGUAAAACCAGAUAAUAUGGAAGGAUCCUCAGAGAAUAUUAAAGACACACAGUUUGAAAGUCUUAAUCACUCAACUAAUAAUUGUAAAUCUGGGACUCAAAAAACAAAUAAAGACUACACAUUUAAUUACAAAAAUAUACUUCAAAGUUUGAAAAAUAUACAUAAUAACAAUAUCUUCAAUUAUACAAUUUUUGAUACUGAACCCAAAAAUUACAAAGGCAUUGUGAGUAAAAUUGCCGACCAGUUUGUUAUAAAGAUACUUCCGGAUCGUGAGAUUAAUAAGGGAAGUCAGAAAUGCCAUAAUUGUACAUAUACAACAACAAGCAAGCAUAAUAAUGGUAAAAGUUGUUUGCAAUCAGUUGAAAAGAAUCAUGAAAAUAUAUCAAAAAGUCAUAAAGAUGAAGCGAAGCCGCAAAGCACUUUAACAGCCCUGAUACAAAGUACAGCAUCAAAGACGAUCCAAGAAAAAAAUUAUAAGGAUAAGAUGAAAGAAAAAGAUACUCAAAAUACUAGUAACUUUAGUUUGAAAGAGGCGGAUGACAGAAAUAAUAUAUGCGAUAUUGCUGCUACAAUAAACCAUGUUGAGAAAAUGCACGACAGCAUGCCUAAGGAAGACUUUGAACAGUAUGUAAAAAGUUUAUCGUGUCAUAAAUACAAAAACAUGCCAAGAUACAUUUCUAUCAAAUACAAUACAAUAACAAAACACACAAAAUACCAUCGUAAACGUAAAACAUGUAGGAAAGAUUACAAAAAUAUACUGAAAUGGGAUUGGAUACGAGAUAAACGAUCUUUAAUAGUCGAUGAUACAAGAGUUGAACUUGAUGAUUAUGAAGAUAAUGAAAAAUCUAAUAAUACAGAGCCACAUAAGGCAGCUCACGAUGUUUGGCAUAAUAACGCACAUAAAAAAUACAGUUCACAUGGUUCAAAUAAAAAAGAUAAUAAAUCGAUUGAAAUUAUAACUAUCCGUGAUAAACAUAACCAAAAAUAUUUUGAUGAUAGUAAGCAUCGAGUUAGAAAAAGAUCUUUACUUUCUUUAAAUAGUUCGCGUAAUGAAAAAGACUAUCACCGCGCUAUUGAUCAUAAUAAAAGAACUGGUUUGAAAGAACCAUUUUACGAGCUAUAUUUCAAAAGAAAAGGUGGUAUUUAUCAGCAAAGUUAUGAUAGAAGAAAGCGGUCGAAUAUGAAUAAUUUAACUGAUCUAAGACGAGACUUGCAAAAUUUACCACCAUUGCGUCCACUCUCUGAUGAAAUUUUCGUAACGAUGGGGGAUCCAGUUACACUUGAUUGCCAUCAACCAGGUAACAGACCCAAUUAUUCCGUGUCCGACUACAUUUGGAACACUGAGCGCGAUGAAAUGCUUGACCAUGAAAAUAUUGUAGUCGAUGGAUCUAAAGUAUUUAUAAGAGACGUGGCCGCAAAAAACUUUGGAACUUAUGUUUGUAGUAAAGGUAAUGCAGUUAUACGAAGUCUUAAAGUAACUAUUAUCAGUAUCCCUAGCUUUAAUAUAGUUUUCACGCCUGUCUAUCGAACUGACUCAGCUUGCACGUACAAAGAACUCAAGGCAGUACAGAUGUUGAAUUCGGAAAUAUCACGAGAAUGUUGUGGAAAAUAUUGUUCAGUGAGGAUAGAUGAACCUAUUUGCCUCAAGGACAGGGAAGAUGAAUCAUCUUAUCUAAGACCUAUAGUAGUGAUAUCAUUGAAUGCGAUACCUAAUAUAAGCUGUAGUUGCGAAUGCAAGAGGAAUUUACAGUGUUCUAUAACAAGGUUACUUGUAAGCAACAUGCCGUCUUUAGCAUUUGUAAAAGUUCUGAUAAUAUUUGAUAGUAUGAGCACUAAUAAAACUUUGACACCCUUACAUGGUUCUAAAAGGAGAUCUUUUGUAACACAUACAUUAAGAAGAAAAGAUUCAAAUGGUCAUUAUGAAUAUCGUAAUAUCGCCGCGCGUAUGGAUCCUGGAAAUUUUGACCUGGUCCUACUUUGUCCUGCUGGAUUUUAUCUCAUUUCUGAGCAAAAGAUUUGUGUCGUCUGUCCUUCUAACACAUUUUCCGAAGAAGGUGCCAAUAUAUGCAGAACUUGUCCGCAAGGUACUCGGGCUGCACCUGGUUCAAAAUUUUGUCGCUUGCAACAUCUACGCUGGGGGCGAUUUGUUUGGAAUGCAAAUGAAUGGAGCAUAGCAACGUUUUUCGCCCUCGCAUUGAGUGCUUUUGCUAUUUGUUACGGUGCUAUCUAUUUGUUAUGGCGACGUGCGUGCCGGUCGCAAGGGAAUAAUACCUGCAACUCCCGUGGGAAUACUAGGCUAGGUAGAACGAAACCUUGCCAGAAAAGUCCUAGAAGACGUUCAGGGUCACCAUCCCAUGUAAUUCUCAGCCGUUUACUACGUGGGUCGAUGACCUCGUCACGAGCUACAGAUUCUCAAGAGAACCGAUUUGAAUUGUGGAAAGAGAAAAAUACACUUCCGCCUUUGCCACCCAUUGACUUUGACUUGUGAAAUUAUGGAAAUACUAAAAUAUUACGGCGAAAGUUUUAUGAAUAGAUUUCAUUUUUAUUGGUCGAUAAGAAAUGCUUUCGGGUGAGGGUGAUUUCCAAAACGCAUGCCAUAAGGCUUAUAUAAUUAGAGAACAUCUCCACCCUUCGAUACUCGUAGUAAGGGAUUAAUGCAUUCUGCAUGCGGUAUACUUCUAAGACGCAUUCCAUAUCAUGCCAUAAUGCGUCCAUUCCAUAAUGCGUCUUAGAAAUCAAAUGUCGUGCUGUCUGCGGGAUAUGCCUGCAGGGUGUAUAUUAUAGUUUCAACCGGAUUUUAUCGUUUGAUGCAAUCUUUUUGACGGCUGAGAAGUGAGCCCCAAGAACGGGACCCUGUCAAGUCAAUAAUAUUUGUUUGACUAUCACAAAUUCAAAAUAUGCCUUUGCAACACGAUUUGUGAUUAUCUUCUUAGCCGUCAAUAAGUGUAAUAAUUUACUAGUCUGACAGAGUUAUCUACCACUGAAAAUGUUAAUUUCCUUAUAUUAAGAUUUUGCAAAAGAAGGAUUUACUUUAUAGAAUACAUUCAAGAAUCUUCCACAGUUCAAGAAUUGAUUUCAUUAAUGACAAUAAUUACUAUUAUUGACAGCUGAUGCUUAUGUUAUGUAGGUAUAGAAUCUUCAAGUUUCAAUACUACUUACUGUUAUUAAGUUCUUAAUGCAAUUGCCAAUAAGGCUGUUAAGUAACUAAUAUGAAUAAAUAAUCACUUUUUAAGAAAACCUUGGCUAUUCAAAAACUUAUAUCAGAGAUUUUUGAUCAUGUUCUGAUUUGUUUUAAUUUUUUUAUCAAACAUUUUGUUCAGUAUUUGUAUCUUUUAUGCUAAACUUUUAAGUGUCCAUACUUUUAGAUAUAGCGUGUUAUUUAAGAGGGCAGUAUAGUAAUAAAUAUUUGAUAAGUGUUGUUAUUAGUGUA